CUUUAAUCUCCUUUGAGUGGAGUUUUAGCCUUUGAAUCAUGUUGAAAUUAGGGUUCUUAGGGUUUAUCGUUUCAUUUCUGGUUCCGAUCUUUAUUGGAUUCGCGCUUGGAGACUAUCUUAAUUGUUCUUACAAGUUCUUGAUUGCUUUUCUGGUUGUUGUGAUUCUUUCGAUAAUGGGGUUUUCUGGCGUAUUCAGCAGCUUACUGCACUAUAUGCUUCCUAGAAAGCGAGCUUGUGAAGGAGUGGCUGUACACGAAGAUACUGAUAACAACAACGAGAAAAAGAAGAUUCGGAUCCUCGAAGCUGCCGAUCCAACGGUGAAGAUCAGUAGCGACGUCGUUUGUGGUGAGAAUAACUGCAACAGCAACAGCAACAGCAGCGACAACCACGGUAGCGGUAGCUUAGUUAAAGAAGAAGAAAAAGAGGAGGCUUCUAUCAUGGCUUUGGGUGAUGCCAAUUCGACGGACAUCGACGAGGAUCUCCACAGCCGCCAGCUCGCGGUGUAUGGCCGUGAGACGAUGCGCCGGCUUUUUGCGUCCAACAUCCUUGUCUCAGGGAUGCAGGGUCUUGGCGCCGAGAUUGCGAAGAACCUCAUUCUUGCUGGUGUCAAGUCUGUGACCUUGCAUGAUGAAGGGAUGGUAGAGUUGUGGGAUUUUUCCAGUAAUUUCAUCUUCUCUGAAGAUGAUGUUGGUAAGAACAGAGCACUUGCUUCUGUCCAAAAGUUGCAGGAGCUCAACAAUGCUGUGGUUGUUCGUGCCUUAACAACAAAUUUGACAAAAGAACAGCUUUCUGAUUUCCAGGCUGUGGUCUUCACUGAUAUCAGUUUUGAGAAAGCCAUUGAGUUCAAUGAUUACUGUCAUAAUCAUCAACCUCCUAUUGCAUUCAUCAAAACUGAAGUCAGAGGCCUUUUUGGUUCUGUGUUUUGUGACUUUGGACCUGAGUUUACUAUUAUUGAUGUUGAUGGAGAGGAACCACACACAGGUAUAAUUGCAUCAAUCAGUAAUGACAAUCCUGCCCUCGUAUCCUGUGUCGACGAUGAAAGGCUUGAGUUUCAGGAUGGGGAUCUUGUUGUAUUCUCGGAAGUUCACGGAAUGACAGAAUUGAAUGACGGGAAACCAAGGAAGAUUAAAAAUGCAAGGGCUUAUUCAUUCACCCUCGAAGAGGAUACUACAAAUUACGGAGCUUAUGUGAAGGGUGGUAUUGUUACACAGGUGAAGCAGCCCAAGGUGUUGAACUUCAAGCCAUUGAGAGAAGCGCUAACCGAGCCUGGUGAUUUUCUUCUCAGUGAUUUCUCCAAGUUUGAUCGCCCACCUCUCCUGCACUUGGCAUUCCAAGCACUGGAUAAGUUUGUGUCUGAGUUGGGGCGGUUCCCUGUUGCUGGUUCAGAAGAGGAUGCUCAGAAACUUAUAUCUAUUGUCACGAACAUUAAUGAGAGCUUGGGAGAUGGUAGACAGGAAGAUAUUAAUCCAAAACUUCUCAGGCAUUUUGCCUUUGGUGCAAAGGCGGUACUGAAUCCCAUGGCUGCAAUGUUUGGUGGUAUUGUGGGACAAGAGGUUGUGAAAGCAUGUUCUGGGAAGUUCCAUCCACUUUUCCAGUUCUUCUACUUUGACUCGGUGGAGUCCCUUCCUACAGAGCCGGUGGAUUCUAUUGAUUUUAGACCAUUAAAUAGUCGUUAUGAUGCUCAGAUUUCUGUCUUCGGUUCUAAGCUUCAGAAGAAACUGGAGGAUGCCAAAGUGUUUAUUGUUGGAUCUGGUGCCCUAGGCUGUGAGUUCUUAAAGAAUGUAGCUUUGAUGGGAGUUUCAUGUGGCAAUGAGGGGAAGCUUACAAUUACCGAUGAUGAUGUGAUUGAGAAGAGUAACCUCAGCAGGCAGUUCCUCUUCCGUGAUUGGAACAUUGGUCAGGCCAAAUCCACAGUUGCUGCUUCUGCUGCUACAUCAAUAAACCCUCGUUUCAACAUUGAAGCCUUGCAGAAUCGAGUUGGUCCUGAAACUGAGAAUGUAUUUGAUGAUACUUUCUGGGAGAAUUUGAGUGUUGUCAUUAACGCUCUAGACAAUGUGAAUGCCAGAUUGUAUGUUGAUCAGAGAUGCUUAUAUUUCCAAAAGCCACUUCUUGAGUCAGGAACUCUUGGUGCCAAAUGCAACACUCAGAUGGUCAUCCCUCAUCUCACAGAAAACUAUGGCGCCUCAAGAGACCCUCCUGAGAAACAAGCCCCUAUGUGCACUGUACAUUCAUUUCCACACAACAUUGACCACUGCUUGACAUGGGCUCGAUCUGAAUUUGAGGGUUUGCUUGAGAAAACACCAGCAGAAGUGAAUGCCUAUUUAUCCAACCCAAGUGAAUAUAGCACUGCAAUGAUAAAUGCAGGUGAUGCUCAGGCCCGGGAUAACUUGGAGCGUGUGCUGGAGUGCCUUGAAACUGAACGAUGUGAGACAUUCCAGGACUGCAUUACCUGGGCUCGUUUGAAGUUUGAAGAUUAUUUUGCCAACCGUGUGAAGCAGUUGAUUUAUACUUUCCCUGAGGAUGCUGCAACCAGUACUGGGGCUCCAUUCUGGUCCGCACCUAAGCGGUUCCCUCGUCCGCUGCAGUUCUCAGCUGCUGAUCCUAGUCACCUCCAUUUUGUUAUGGCAGGAUCCAUUCUACGUGCAGAGACAUUUGGUAUCCCAAUUCCUGACUGGGUCAAGAACCCUAAGAAGAUGGCUGAAGCUGUUGAUAAAGUGAUGGUCCCAGAAUUUCAGCCCAAGAAAGAUGUGAAAAUUGUAACAGAUGAGAAGGCUACCAGUAUGUCUACAGGUUCCAUAGAUGAUUCGGCAGUCAUUGCUGAACUGAUUAUGAAGUUAAAGCAAUGCCAGAAGUACCUGGCACCAGAAUUUAGGAUGAAACCAAUUCAGUUUGAGAAGGAUGAUGAUACAAACUUCCAUAUGGACCUGAUCGCUGGCCUUGCGAACAUGAGGGCACGAAAUUACAGCAUUCCGGAAGUUGACAAGUUGAAAGCCAAGUUUAUUGCUGGAAGGAUCAUUCCUGCGAUUGCAACAUCCACUGCGAUGGCCACAGGUCUUGUCUGCCUGGAGCUCUACAAGGUUUUGGAUGGAGGGCACAAAGUGGAGGACUAUCGGAACACGUUUGCCAACCUUGCACUGCCUUUAUUCUCCAUUGCCGAGCCACUUCCACCCAAGGUUAUCAAACACGAGAACUUGAGUUGGACUGUAUGGGACAGGUGGAUCCUGAAAGGCAACCCUACUUUGAGGGAACUCAUCCAAUGGCUCAAGGAGAAAGGGUUGAAUGCCUAUAGCAUUUCAUGCGGAAGUUGCCUGCUUUAUAACAGUAUGUUCCCUCGGCACAAAGAUCGAAUGGACAAGAAAUUGGUGGAUCUGGCAAGGGAAGUGGCCAAGGUAGACCUACCUACAUACCGUCGGCACCUGGAUGUUGUUGUGGCUUGCGAAGACGAUGAGGACAAUGAUGUUGACAUCCCUCAAGUAUCCAUUUACUUCGGUUAGGUUCUUGUUCCCGAUAAGCCGAGUCUAUUGGAUUGUGAAUUUAGGCUGAGAACUCUAUAUUUUUAUGCCUGUCUUUGGCUCUACUGUUAAUUUAACACAGGAGAACACGAAAAUGGAUAUUUUUCACCAACAUUUUAUAUAUAAAGUCGGGAGUAACUUUGAUUC